CUCCCUUGCCCCGAGUCUGCGGGUAUUCGAUUCCCCUCCAUUCUUCUUUCUCCUGGUUGCGCCUGGCUCCCUUGUAUCCAUUUUAACUCAUGAUGUUUAUUCCGCCUUUUUUUUCACAUUCUCGCAAGGCCAUUUUUUACUGGCCUUUUGGUUUGAUAGAUCUUUUCCUUGCCUUCUCAUCCUGUGUCUUGAUACCAUUGUUCUCCAACUUUUUGCUCGUGUUCUCUAGAAGAGAGUGGAUAUCGCGAUGGCUUGUCCGCUCUCAUUCCGGUUUUUAUACUCUGCUUUAUUAGUUCGUUUCUUUCUUAUUUGUAUUUUUAUUCCUAUGUGUUCUCAUGAUUUCAUCUUGAUGUACC